GAACAGCGGUGUAUAUAAGGGUGUCACUGUCAUUUUACUUCACAGGGCCUGCGACAAGCGAGACCUUGACUGCAGAACCUGCCUGGCUAGACUAUCUCUUAUCGGUUUUUCAUCAAGGGGUCAAAGAGAAUGAACUUGUUCGCGCUGUUUGCCUUUGUGGUCGGUGUAACCGUGACUACUGGCCAAACAACUCCUAUACCUAAUCCUUGCGAUGGGCUUCGGGAUAACGAUGGUGUGGGAUACAUGCCUGACGAGACAGACUGUGCCCGUUUCUACCAGUGCGAGCGACAUGGGACAACCGUUUCAUCCCACCACUUGACCUGCCGCUCUGGUCUUUACUGGAACCAAGCAAUCCUGGUUUGUGAUUGGCCGGCUAACGUCCAAUGUACCGCAGAAAGUGUAGUACCUAAUCCUUGCGAUGGGCUUCGGGAUAACGAUGGUGUGGGAUACAUGCCUGACGAGACGGACUGUGCCCGUUUCUACCAGUGCGAGCGACAUGGGACAACCGUUUCAUCCCACCACUUAACCUGCCCCCCUGGUCUUUACUGGAACCAAGGAGUCCUGGUUUGUGAUUGGCCGGCUAACGUCCAAUGUACCGCAGGAAGUGUAGUUUCAGUUUGUAAGCCUGACUUGUACCUCCCGUUCAACGGCACUCUUCAGGACUAUUCCGGCGACAACGUCGCAGUUGAGAAAGUUGGUGUUUCUUCUUUGGUCAUCUUUGGCAGCUUCAGCAGCAGGAUCCAACUCCGCAUCCCGAGUUUCUCCAACAUGGAUUUCGGCAACGUUCUGGUCAUCUCUUUCUUGUUCAAACAACUUCGUGCCACGAGCAACGAUCAGGCUAUCGUCACCAACGCCGUCUGCAUGGAGGGAGGUAGCAUCUACAUCACCACCAACAUGUCAACAGUCUCCUUCCGUGUCAUCAACGACGGUGGCGUCUCACAUGAACUGUCCGUGUCUUACCCAAACACCGCCGCCUUGAAAAGUGUCAAGUUGACGGUUAACAAUAACUUGAUGAAAGCUGAAGUUAACAGUGCCUCCGACCAAAGAACGUUCUCUGGCAACAUCAGUCGGAGCCAGUGUGGGAUCCAUGUGGGUCUUGGGAAUGGUUAUGACUCCUUCGAUGGUCAGCUUAAAGCACUGAAGGUGUCUACUUGCAUCCCUACCACUUUUGCGCUUGAACAAAAGGUCGAGGAUAAUCCAACACCCUUUUAACUACUUCACAGAAGCAUAUUUUGCAUCAAUGUGAUUAUAUACCCAGUUAAACUACACAAACAGUAUAUUUCAAUGUCAACUGUGUGUUGUACAGAGUGCGCUAUCUUUUUUCAACUUGAAUUGUUAUCUUUAUUAACCAAUGCACGCACUAAAAUGUAUUAGUUGUUCAAUAUUAAAGCAAUCUUGCAAUA